ACAUGCUGGGAAGGUUUGAAGUUGUCACACACACACGCGUAUCGACAAAGUGAAUGGCACAGCGGAGCUGGAGUGAUACCGAGGCGAGAGAGCGCAGGAAGGGCAGCAUCACUGCCAAAGCGCAGAGCAACCACCGGCAUCCAGAGCGCGCAUCCAAAGCACCGAGAAGCGAGAGAAGACCAAGCGCGGUGAAAGGAUGAGAACCGCGGGGGGCAACAGCGUCUCUCCACCCGCGUCUUCCAAACCCAGGCUCCGCUGAUUUCUUCUGUUCGGCUCCACUUUGUGAAAGUUCCGCGGCUGUAUACAAUGAUUAUAAAUGGGUCUGACCUGAACAGCUCCACAACGCCAGACCCCGCUGACACCGUCCUGAACCGGCCGCCUUGGGUUACCACAACUUUGGGCUGCUUUCUCAUCUUCACCAUAGUUGUUGACAUCCUGGGCAACCUCCUCGUCAUCUUCUCUGUGUAUCGCAACAAGAAGCUGAGGAACGCAGGGAACAUCUUUGUGGUGAGCUUGGCAGUGGCAGAUCUGGUCGUGGCCAUCUACCCAUACCCCCUGGUCUUAUCGUCCAUCUUCCACAAUGGCUGGAGCCUGGGCUACAUGCACUGUCAGAUCAGUGGCUUCCUCAUGGGUGUCAGCGUCAUCGGCUCCAUUUUCAACAUCACCGGGAUCGCCAUCAACCGCUACUGCUACAUCUGCCACAGUCUCAAGUACGACAAACUGUACAGUGACAAGAACUCCAUAUGCUACGUCAUACUAAUAUGGGCACUAACCGUAGUAGCCAUCGUGCCCAAUCUUUUCGUAGGCUCCUUGCAGUACGAUCCGCGGGUAUACUCUUGCACUUUCGAGCAGUCGGCUAGCUCGGCGUACACUAUCGCCGUGGUAUUCUUUCACUUCAUCCUGCCCAUCAUGAUUGUGACAUACUGCUACCUCCGGAUCUGGGUACUGGUCAUUCAGGUGAGACGCAGGGUGAAGCCGGACAAUCGGCCCAAGCUAACGCCGCACGACGUGAGGAACUUUGUCACCAUGUUUGUUGUGUUCGUGCUCUUCGCAGUUUGCUGGGCGCCCCUCAACUUCAUAGGCUUAGCGGUGGCCAUCAAACCGGAAGUAGUGGUACCUCUCAUCCCAGAGUGGCUCUUUGUGUCCAGCUACUUCAUGGCCUACUUCAACAGCUGCCUUAAUGCCAUAGUGUACGGUGUGCUGAAUCAGAACUUCCGGCGCGAGUACAAGCGCAUAGUCGUGUCAGUGUGCACGGCUAGAAUCUUCUUCCAGGACAGCUCCAACGAUGCGGUGGAGCGCCUCAAAAGCAAGCCGUCCCCGCUCAUGACGAACAAUAACCAGGUGAAAGUGGACUCUGUUUGAGCAGCAAAUGGGAUAACUGUGAUUCAGAGCAAAACAAAUACCAAAUAUGGACCUCGUGGUUUCUUUUGUUUGAAAAUGUCUGCGAAACUGUUACAAGGUGCUAUCUGACCUCAGAACAAUCACAGUAAAAAAAAAAAA